UAGUAAGCAGACCGAGCAGACCCGUGUUAUACGUACGGCAAUUAUGACUGAGAAAGUUGUAUAUUCAGGCUACUUUUCUAAGAACACUGUUAUUAUUACACUCAUGACGGUGUUAUGCUGUACAGAGUUUGUACGUAUCGAGCUYAAGCUGAAGGAAUUGCAAGAUAUAAGUCAGCUGAAAUUUUCUGAAGAAAUGACCUCGACACGCGACGGUAAGAACUUCGCCAACAUUGAAAAUCAUGUCGUCUCAACAUCGAGAGCAGGCAAAAUAACUCAAAGACGUAAAAGAGACCUCUUUCAACGUCCACUCAAAAGCUCACGCUUCAGUUUAUCAGCCGUUAAUAAAACUCAGGAAUAUUUUUCACUUAUCGAUGACAAGCUAACAAGGCUUCUUUCAAAUCAGCAAUCAGUCAAAACUUGCACACAAAUAUGUCCUGCUGGCCCUGCUGGAAAGAGAGGACGCAGGGGACCACAAGGUCCACCAGGAAAACAAGGCAAAAGAGGAAAACGAGGGUCUCGGGGUUUUAAAGGUGUACCUGGACUAAAUGGAGCUCCUGGUCCUCGUGGACUGCCUGGACCUAAGGGUGAACCUGGUCCAUCUUUGGCUACUCCGACAGUGAUGGUAUCACCUCCUGUAUUGAUUGUCAAUGAAAGUUAUACCGCUAUAUUACAUUGUGCCGCCAGUGGGUAUCCAAAACCUGUUAUUUCGUGGCGUAAAGCGAACGGUACUUUACCUUUAGAGAGAUCUUUCAAUGACAAUAGCGGUAGAUUUGAGAUUAAGAAUGUGACUUUAAAUGACUCUGGAACCUUUUAUUGUAAAGCAUCAAAUAUCCUUGGAAAGGCAGAUGCUGCUUCGAGCUUAAAAGUCUACUCAAAUCCGCGAAUAACGUUGAAUAAAGGACCAAUCUACGUAAAAAUUGACGAUAACGUUACUCUCCCUGUUUGUCAAGUAACGGGAAAUCCAAAACCAAAGGUCACGUGGUACAAGUCAGUUGGUUCAUUGCCAAGACAACGCGCUAGUAUUGUGGAUGGACAUUUAACUUUGUUUAAAACAAAUAAGGAUGAUUCGGGAACAUACUUAUGCCGAGCUGAAAAUCUUCUAGGCUCUGCUGUCUCGAGUUUAUUUCUUGUUGUUGUCAAGUUGCCAGCAUUUGUAACAAAGCCUCUAGCAUCAUACUGUCCAAAAUCUGGCUCACGGGUACUGCUUAACUGUUCUGCCAAAGGCGAUCCUAAACCAGUUAUCAGCUGGUCGAAAGAGAAUGGCAACCUUCCAGCUGGUAGAUACGAAAUAAGGGAUGGCUCUUUGAUCAUAAAUAACUAUAAUCCUAACACUGAUGUGGGUGUUUAUGUGUGUUCUGCUACAAGUGCUGUAGUAUUUCAUAUAACUAUCAGGUCUACACUAGCAAAAUGUGCGAAAGACUGUUACGAGUUCUAUAAAAAUGGAGAACGAAGCAACGGUGUGUAUACAGUAAAACCUGAUGAUGGAGUCCUUUUUCAAGUAUAUUGCGAUAUGACAACUGACGGCGGGGGUUGGACUGUGUUCCAGAGAAGGAAAGAYGGAUCAGUGGACUUUUAUCGCAAUUGGAAAGACUAUAAAAAAGGAUUUGGAAAUUUGAAUGGUGAAUUCUGGUUGGGAAAUGAUUAUCUUCACAGACUUACAGCACAGAAAAAACAAAUACUUCGAGUAGAGCUUGAUGACUGGGAAGGAAAUGGCGUAUAUGCCAAGUAUGAUAGUUUUAGUAUUGGUGAAGAGUCCGAUAAAUACAGGCUCAACCUGGGCUCAUAUUCAGGUACUGCAGGCGAUUCAUUGUCCAGUCAUCUUGGCCAACCUUUCACCACCAAAGAUCGUGAUAAUGAUAAGUACGGUGGUAACUGUGCUGUACAGUUCAAGGGUGCCUGGUGGUACGCUGGCUGCCACCGCUCCAACCUUAAUGGUCUGUACCACCACGGUAAGCACAAGUCAUAUGCUGACGGUGUGAAUUGGUAUCAGUGGAAGGGUCAUUACUAUUCCGCUAAGAGAGCUGAAAUGAAGAUAAGACCAGUGUAAAGUCAGAAAAUGGUGUUUUUGAUGUUGUUUUGCUUCAUUUAUGAUCACAGYUGGAUCUGAUCUCAGACGUUUAAAUUCUCUCACUUUCCUAAAACUCUGACAUGUUCUUACAAUUUUUUUGUUUAACAUAUGUUUUCGUGUUUUUAAGCUAUCAAAAUUAUAACACGUUCAUAUGUAUACUUCUUUUUUUCAGUUUGAGACCGAUAUUUUGUAAUUAUUUUUAUUGCACAUUGUAAUUUUUGUAAUAAGAUAUCAUAUUUCUCAUUUAAAGAAAGGGGUCAAAAACUUGAUAAAUAUAUAUUGCACAAUAUUUGUUCUUUUGUUCUAGUGUUCUUUUUUUUAGUAUUUGACUAUAACACCUUAUAAACAGAGUCAGAUUUUAWUUCACGGGUUUACUGGCAYUGCUMUAUACAUG